GUAACAACAUCACAUCAGCCGUUUACUUUUUGAAAUUUAUAUUUCAAAAGAAUACACGUGUGGCCAUAUAUUUCUCACACGUUUGGUUAUCUGCCUAAAUUCCACUCCGUUUUAAAACCAGUGGUUCCUUUAUACAGAGAGAAGCAAGCACUGGACAAAGGAAAGCGCGUGGUUUGACCGAAAUGCCGGGUUUACUCUGCUGGAAGAUGUGAAGUGAAAUAACAUUUCGUUUCCUUCGAAAUUCCAUGAGUUCACUUUGAAGUGAGAGAGUAAUGGAGACAAUGUUGCUUUGGAUGUAGUUUCGUCUACGCAUUUUGAAAUCUAGAAGCGGACAAUACAUUGUGCUGCUGAAAGACUUCCGAUUUUUAACUUCGAAUUCUUCAUUUCAUAAUUUGUCUAUAAAAUUACCUUGCUGAAUUUCUCAUCUUCACCAGCCUUGUUUUGAAAACAAGGGCAUUUUUGUCGUUGAUUCAUCCGCAUUGAAUCAAGUGAAAGCUUGGUUUAAAACUUUUGAGUACUACAUUCUGUGAAGCAAGUAAAACGGCAUUGACUUCUAACGUACAUCCUAGCUACCUGGGGCUGGAACAAGUGACUUCAGAGUUAAUCGUCCAACUUUCAAUGUGUAUUUGCAGUCUUUAUGCACAACUUGCAAAGAGAGAACGAUCGAUUUUCUUAGAAGGCCAAGCACUUCUAUAAACUGAAGACAACCAUAGAAUUUCAAAGCGCGUGUACUCAUCCAAAACAGCUGAAAAUGGACCCAGAAUAUGAAAGGAGACUUCUACGUCAACCUAAUGGACGUAGUCCUCUUGCUAAUUCUCCAUGUUCGAGUGGAAUAAGGCAUUUCAGUUCACCUUAUCUAAGCCCAUUGAGCUCUCCUAGCAGAGAAAAGUAUGGAGACAGGUUUAUACCAAGCCGCAGUAGUCCAGCUCUUGAGCUUAAUUUUGAUUUGAUACAAGAAAAUAGUGAUCCAGGAAAGAACAGUGCAGUCACAAGAGAUGCCAGUGUGGAUUCCAAAGAGGGAAUGGCUUAUCAAUGUCUGCUAAAGAAUGAACUUCUUGGGGCUGGAAUAGAAGACCUUAAGGAUGUACCACAAGAGGAAAGAAGAGCACUUUCCAGCAACAGUAAUCACAUACAUAGCAUAUUCCAGUACCAAGUGAAAAGAAGUAAACAAGAUGAUACAGAAUCAGUAGCUUCCUACUCACUGUCACCUGUAGGCAAGAAAAGUCAAAGACUGUUAAGAUCGCCAAGAAAGUCUACAAGAAAAAUUUCCAAGAUACCAUUUAAAGUUUUAGAUGCUCCAGAACUACAGGAUGACUUUUAUCUAAAUCUUGUGGACUGGUCAGGACAGAAUAUUUUAAGUGUUGGAUUAGGAACCUGUGUUUAUCUUUGGAGUGCCUGCACCAGUCAGGUUACCAAACUCUGUGAUCUUGCAUCUGAUGGGGACUCUGUGACAUCUGUGUCUUGGUCAGAAAGGAGUGGUCUGGUGGCUGUUGGGACUCACAAGGGUCUUGUUCAAAUCUGGGAUGCAGGUGCACAAAAGAGAGUGUCUACUAUUGAAGGACAUACUGCUAGAGUUGGUGCUCUGGCAUGGAAUGGUGAUGUGCUCUCAUCAGGGAGUAGGGACAGGCUGAUUCUACAGCGUGAUGCUAGAACACCCAAUGCUGUGGAGAGAAGAUUGAUUGGACACAGGCAAGAGGUUUGCGGGCUGAAGUGGUCCCCAGAUCAUCAGCAUUUAGCAUCAGGAGGAAAUGACAACAAGCUCUUGGUUUGGAGCAUGUCCAGUCUGUCACCUGAGCAACAGUACAGUGAACACUCAGCGGCAGUCAAAGCCAUUGCGUGGUCUCCACAUCAGCACGGUUUGUUGUCCUCUGGAGGCGGUACAGCUGACAGGUGUAUUAGGUUUUGGAAUACAUUAACAGGACAGCCGCUACAGUGUGUUGACACUGGCUCGCAGGUGUGCAACUUAGCUUGGUCCAAGCAUUCAAAUGAACUGGUCAGUACACAUGGUUACUCACAAAAUCAGAUCUUGGUCUGGAAAUACCCAUCAUUAACUCAAGUAGCUAAGCUAACGGGUCACUCCUACAGGGUUCUUUACUUGGCCGUAUCACCGGAUGGUGAGGCUAUCGUGACAGGAGCAGGAGAUGAAACUCUUCGAUUUUGGAACGUCUUCAAUAAAGCCCGCUCGCAUAAGGAAUCCAAGUCAGAGCUCAAUCUGUUCUCCAGAAUAAGAUGAUGUUUACCCUAAGAGUUGGAUCUUUAAUGUAACAGUUAUUGCGUUUGUACCAGGAUACAAUAAUAUGAUUAUCACUUAAGCACGAGUACUCCGUAUUUUUGUGGAGGUAGUUGUCUUCGUUUAAGACGAAGCUUUCUCUUUAAGCGUUACCUCCAACUUUUUCUCUCUUUUUUGUAAAUUUUUCGCCGAUAAACUGUGUCUAUCAAAAUGUAUGUAAAUCAGUUGUCCGAUGUUGUAAACUUGGGCUAAAAUGCGAUGGAUUGCAUUUUGGACUGUAUUAGGGGUAUUUCAUUUUAUUGAAAAUAUAUAUCUAUACUUGACAAAAGCUGACAACAAUUCGUUUGAAACCUGUAAAUCAGCCACGUAAAUUGGCGACACGAUUAUAGCUGGUUGCUGACAACUACUGCUGACGUUUGAUGUAUUUUGCUCUCGAAAGCUAACCACAACUUUCUCUCGUCACGCAAUGUUUUGUCUUUUGUUGAGGAGAAUUUUGCGAUGACCCAGUCACGCCGGCAAGUCCAGGAGUACCUUGUGAGACGAAGAAUGAUUAGGUGAAAUAAUUUUAGAAAAACAUUUUUUUUAAGGACAUUUUACAGAAAGGGUGUAAAAAAGAGUUAGAUUGCGUGGUUAGAUGAUGUGGAAAUCUGCAAUGAUAUAUGACCAGAAAUGGUGAAAAGGAAUAA